CUGUUUCUUUCAAAAUUGAUAGCGAUGAGCACCAAAAGGGCACAACCAACUGCGAAUAAUGAGAAAUCAAAGAAACAAAAAACUUCGGGCUACUGGGCUCUCGGCCUGCUCGACACGAUGAAAGACCCCGAAAGUAUCGUAAUGGAGGACGAUCUCGUGGUGGUAAUCAAGGAUAAAUAUCCGAAAGCCGAGUACCACUAUCUCGUCCUGCCGAAAGCCGACAUUAGCAGUUUAAAAAAGGUGAAUAAAGAGCACCUGUCGUUACUCCAACACAUGCAGCACGUAGCGUCCGAUCUGUCGACGGACGACGAGCACAAACACAAAAACUUUAAGAUGGGUUAUCACGCCGAAGCGAGCAUGGCCCGGUUGCACUUGCAUCUUAUAAGUGACGAUAUGGUUUCGAGCUGUCUCAAGACGAAGAAGCACUGGAAUAGCUACAAUUCCAGUUUCUUCUUGAGUUCAGCAGAUAUUUGUCAGCAGUUUGAGGCCGAAGGUGUUGUGAAGCUGCCCAAGUCCGAAGUGUGUAGAAAAUUACUGGAUACACCUCUUAAGUGUCACAAAUGUAGCUUUGUACCAAAGCACAUGCCUAAUUUAAAGGAUCAUAUUUUAAGUCAUAAAUAAAUUAGCUACUUACUUUUA